UUCUGUUCGGAAGGACGAUCGGCUGCACCCGAACGGCAUAACAGCCAGGCGUGCGACUUGGCCCGCUCGUCUCUGUUCCUGCAAAGGUCGCUGUUGGCUGAGUCUCCCACAACCCAACCAAGCCAAGCCAAGCCAACCCAAGCCAAAACCACCCAAGUCCCGCGGGAUCGCCCACCGACGAGAUCAACCCGCCAUAUCAACGGCCGCAAGAUUACCCAAGCCAAAACCACCUCCCGCCAUGUCAUCUACCUGCCGAGUCGUCCAGGCAUCCGAGGUCGCUGCCCGCUUCAGCCAAGAAAUCAAGGCGGGCAUAUCCGAAAAGCAGGUCUCCCCGCUGCUGGUGGGAUUCCUUGCCAAUGAGGAUCCUGCGGCCCAUACCUACGCGCAAUGGACCCAGAAGGCUUGCGAGGCUCUUGGCCUCCGAUUUGAGCUGCGUGUCUGCUCGCGCACCGAGCUGGAAGACAAGGUCGUCGAUGCCAACGUCGACGAUAACGUCCAUGGCAUCAUGGUCUACUACCCCGUCUUUGGCGGCUCCCAGGACCAGUACAUUCAAAACAUUGUCAGCGUCCAGAAGGAUGUUGAGGGCCUUUCCCACACCUACCGAUACAACAUGUACCACAACAUCCGCUACCUUGACAAAGAGGAGAAAGUCAAGUGCAUCAUUCCCUGUACUCCUCUGGCGGUGAUCAAGAUUCUGGAGUACGUCGGGGCGUACAACCCCAUCAUCCCAUACGGCAACCGACUGUUUGGAAAAACCAUCACCGUCAUCAACCGCAGUGAAGUCGUUGGACGGCCGCUGGCCGCACUGAUGGCCAACGAUGGCGCGAGGGUAUUCUCGGUGGACGAGUUUGGAAUCCUCGAAUUCACUCGAGGCCAAGGUAUCAAGCUCAACAAGCACGAGAUCAAGGAGUCCAGCGUGAAGCUCGAGGAAGCUCUAUCUAUUUCGGACGUCGUGAUCACGGGUGUGCCCUCUCCAAACUACAAGAUGAAGACCGCUUCCCUCAAGGACGGCGUCAUUGCCAUCAACUUUUCGACCUUCAAGAACUACGAUCAGGACAUCCAAGAAAAGGCGUCGAUCUUUGUGCCCUCUGUCGGCAAGGUCACGAUUGCCAUGCUUCAAAGGAAUCUGCUGAGAUGCUACGACUACAUGCAAUUGGCCAAGUAAGCCUCUGUGCAGGACAGUCCGCGCAAGACACAAGAAGGAGAGGGAGAGGAGGCUCUUGGCCCCCCCCCGACCUUCUGAAUACAGUGUCUGCGAUCCCUACCCGCUGUAAUCGACGACAGCGACACACUCUGUUGUCCAGCCGGCGAGGCGGAUUGUGUUCGGGACACUGGAGGGGAUGAGUUUCGACCCAGGUAACAGCAUGCGGACUCUCUCGCAGAAGCAGGAC